GUAGACUGUUUUUUAUUUCGUGAGCGUGACGUCGUCUUGUCGUCCUGCUGCAACCACCCUGCGGCUUUCCGCAAGGAAGCUGCCGAUCUUCCUCCUCGUGGGUUUUUUGUUCUCGUGCAAAGCGAAUGGUUCUGUGGCUCGAAGCGGAAACAUGUUAAGUAAUCCUCAUGCUUCGUCAGGAAACGACGAGGUUAAUACCCGACGAAAUGUUAUGAUAUGACUAUGAGACUAUGUUAUUAUCAUGUGAAAACUCGUUAGCUUGGCUAACUUAUCAAUUUUUUUGCCAAAGCGAAGGUAGAGUCCAAGACACUCGAAAUAGCACCCUGAACGACACCCCCGGCAGUGGUGCUAGUAGUGGAGUCUGUAUUCUCGACGUGUGAAGCAGAUAUUGAUGUCGUUCCCGCUUGCGAAGUGGGUUUUCUUCUACCUUUUAACUCGGAAUCCCAAUUCUCGAACCACCCGCAAUCGUCCUCGAAACCCGAUUUUGUUACAUUUCUGCAUUGACCGCAGUAAUUUUUUCUGUUCCGAGACGUUCUUGAUGUUGACCUAGAAGUGCCACUGCCAUUAGCAUUAUGCACACGAAAAUAUCGUACUGUUAGUAGAAGUCGCAUCUUCGUUACUUCUUACAAAUUUAUUUCUGAAAAGAAAAAAUGUAAUUUGUCAUGCAUUUUUGGAUAUAGAGGACGGCAGAACUGUCAUGCUGUGUCGCAAUUAUGAGUACGAGUACGAUACUGUUGCACAGGAUAAUCUUCGUCUGCGAGUGACGAUUUCCAUUUUCGAAAUUUUCCCUUGCUAGAAGUCCUGCUUGCCGCACUACCAGGAGAUCCUUGAUCGUUGUCACGGUCGUACUGAAUAUCGAACUCGUAGUUGUCGUUUGGAUUGUCGAUGUUGCUGCAUUAUCCACUGCAAAAGUUGUAGAGUCACACAUACAACUAGUAAGAAUAUUGUGGCAAAUUCGCGUUCCAUUCGCUCUUCUUCGGCAUCAAAAAUUACAGAAAUUAUAUGUAGUGCAAAUGCUGCUUUUUUUAAUAGUGUCAUGCAAAAAGUAGAGAAAUACUGCAGGAAUUCAUUUUACAAGUGCGAAAAUAUUACUUGUCUUGCAUCGAGGAUAUGCAUUCCUCAAAGCAGGUCUCGCAGCUCAUGGCCGUGGAGAACUGCUCGCAGUUCUGCAGUUUGUGGUUCAUGUAGCGGUUUAUGUUGCGGAUUCCACUGUCGCCCGUGCCCUUCACACCGUCUAACGUGGAUCCGACGUCCAGCAAGAGGUCUUUGCUUUUCAGCAAAGACUCGCUCUCCGUAUACGCCUCGGCAGCGAUUACCUUCACCCAGGGCCCUCCCGCGAGAAAGAAGGUCACCGUCUCCUGCGGGAAUCGUGCACCUUGUGGGGAUCGUGAUCAUCAUUUUUUGUACGUUUUUUCUGCUAUUUUUUCCGGCCGCAUCGUGCACAAGAACUCAAGUUGUUUUUCUUCUUUCUAGUGUGUCUCUAUCAAACGAUGCAGACACCAACACGAAUUACUCGCUAGUGCACAAUUAUAUGCAAAUAUAAUAAGUAAAUCGAAAUCCACAAGUCAAGAAGAAAAUAAAAACCGUCAGAACAAAUGAAGGAGCAUUGAUCAAGUACUCUGUUCCUGCAUCUGCUGUUUCACUCGUUGCUUGACCGCAAAGGAGCAUAUUUCCGUCUCGGACGGUUUUGGUGCCUCGAUGAAGCCGACUUUGGUGGGCAGCCAGUGGCAGGAGAGCGCUCGGAGGUGCGGCGCCCCGACCAGGACCACUGGGCGGUUGGCGACCUGCAGCAUGCUGCGCAGCGGGUCUUGUGGCUUGUCCAGGUUAAACAGGUGGUAA